AUGAAAGAUGUCGACACGGUUGUGCAUAACCUUGUUGAGAAACUUGAACAUACGGGCGAUGUUAUGGCACCAAUCGACGACAUCGAGUAUGUCAUGGACAAGAUUGAAACCCUGACGAUCCCAGAGUGCAAAGCGAUCCUUGAAGAACUGCUCAAGUCGCACGAGUACGACUACAAUUUCUCAAACACUCUGCGGCAGAAGCUCGCCGACCUCCUCAAGGGACCGGGCGAGGGACAAAGCACCGCCGAAUGGGAGCUGGAGCUCAAGACGGAAACGGCAGUAAACAAGUUCUACUCACCGUAUCCCGAGGUUCGAGCCAUCAGCACUCCCACCGACGACGUCGACAUUCCCUGCGAGACUAUCCGUGCUCACCUCCUGGGCUACCUGUGGGCUAUUCUGGCUCAGUUCACCAACUCGCUGUUCAAUUCGCGCUUCCCCCAAAUCACCAUCACAUCUGCCGUCACGCAAAUCUUGCUCUAUCCAUGUGGACUACUCGUGGCCGCAGUCCUACCAGAUUGGGGCUUCACCGUAGGCGGCAAGAGGAUCUCACUCAAUCCGGGGCCGUGGUCGUACAAGGAACAAAUGCUAGCCACCAUCAUCAUCGACGUGGGCUUGACUUCGGCGUACUGCUUCUGGAACAUCCAGACCCAGACCGUCUACUACAAGGACAAGUGGCUCACGCCGGGCUACGGCAUUCUGCUCCUGCUCUCCACGCAGCUCAUGGGACUCGGAUUCUCCGGCCUCCUGCGCCGCUUCGUCGUCUAUCCCGUCGAGGCGCUGUGGCCCAACAUCCUGCCCACCCUGGCACUCAACCGGGCGCUUCUGGUGCCGGAGAAGAAGGAGACCCUCCAUGGCUGGAGCAUGUCGCGGUACAAGUUCUUCUUCAUUGUGUUCAGCGCCAUGUUUGUCUACUUUUGGUUGCCUGAUUACCUGUUUCCCGCGCUGAGCCUGUUUGCUUGGAUGACGUGGAUCGCGCCAAACAACUUCAACCUGAAUGCCAUUACGGGCUCCCAGAUGGGAUUGGGCUUCAACCCCGUUUCCACGUUUGACUGGAACGUGCUGUCCACCUAUUCCCAGCCUCUGGCCUACCCGUUUUUCGCAUUCAGCCAGCAGUUUAUGGGCACGGUUCUCGGCGGUUUCAUCAUUAUAGCGUUGUAUUAUACCAACGUGCAGUGGACGUCGUACCUUCCCAUAAACUCGUCUGGCAUCUUUGACAAUACGGGAAGCCCGUACAACAUUACCAAGGUUGUCAAUUCCGACACGGGGGCCUUGAACGAAGCUGACUUUGAGGCAUAUUCUCCGGCUUUCUACAGUGCCGGAAACCUGCUCCUCUACGGUGCAUUCUUUGCCUUUUACCCACUUACCAUGGGCAAUGUACGAGAAGCGGGCCGGCAUUUGUACAACAUCAUGAAUGACGAAACCUCGAUUUACGACGCAUUCGAUGACCCAUUUACGAACCUGAUGCGCAACUACCCCGAGGUUCCAGACUGGUGGUUCUUGAUGAUUGCCUCCGUCUCCUUCAUCCUCGCCAUCGUCGUCGUGACCAACUGGCCUCAGCUUGACACACCAGUGUGGACAAUCUUCUUCGUCAUUGGGCUCAACUUGGUAUUCCUGAUUCCAAUGUCCUAUCUAUACGCUAUCUCGGGCACAACCGAAGGACUCAAUGUCGUGACCGAGCUCGUCGUCGGCUACGCUCUACCCGGACGCCCAGAAGCCCUCAUGUUUGUCAAGGCCUUUGGGUACAACAUUAACGGACAGGCAGAUAAUUACAUUUCCGACCAAAAGAUGGGCUUCUACGCCAAGGUGCCCCCCCGCGCCAUGUACCGCGGCCAGAUUAUGAGUGCCAUCAUCACGGCGCUCGUUGCCUACGGCGUUGUCCAAUUUGCCGACACGCAGAUCCCCGGCAUUUGCACGCCAGACCAAGAGUCCAAGUUCAACUGCGCCAACGGCUCCCAGGUGUACUUUGCCUCGUCGGUAGUUUGGGGCGCCAUCGGUCCCAAGCGAAUCUUCAGUCAGAUUUACCCUGCCAUGAAAUACUGCUUCCUGCUCGGCUUCAUCCUUGCCCUCGUGUGGUGGACCACGAAGCGAUUCGGUUCGUACGUCCGUGAGGCGUGUAGGGCUGCCCUGCCCGCGGCCGUCUUCACACCACUUAAUGUCGUCGUCUUUACGCCCAUUUCUUGGCUGAAACAUGUCCACCCGUCGCUUGUUUUCAACGGAUUGCUGCAGUGGGCGCCGGUCAAUCUGACCUACUUUACUGGUGGCUUGUAUCUCUCCUUUGCCUUCAUGUUCUAUCUUCGGAGAUACAAGACGGCGUGGUGGGAAAAGUACAACUAUGUGCUUUCGGCUGGACUAACCGGUGCCGUGGCGUUUUCGGGCAUCAUCAUCUUUUUUGCGGUGCAGUAUCACCCCAAGACGAUUAGCUGGUGGGGUGUCGAUAUUGUCUCGAAUACGAUUGAUGGCGGAACCGGUCAGGGCGCUCGGUUGACUGCGAUGCCUCCCAAGGGGUAUUUUGGUCCGGACUCCUGGUCUUAG